GGAAGGGGUCAGGUUGUGGUUGAUUUGCCGGCAUCGAAAAAGUGCAUACGGAUCGAAAAUCUAUAUAGAAAUUGCAGCCCGGCAACAGGUUGACUGUUUCUGAGGUGUGUGUGUCCAGUGGCAAUGGAACUAUCACAAUUUAGCGCAUGCUCCUCGUUUUUAGCAUUUCGCAUAAGUGUUUUAAGAUACAAAUCUCAGUGGCGUAAUAAUAUCCCAAAAUGUUGCGUCGUACUCUAGGAUCCAUUGCGGUCCUGGCUUCCCGGAAUUAUUCCGCUAAGUCAUUCUGCAGCAACAUGGCUCAAAUCAUCGAUGGCAAGGGCAUUGCUCAGGAGAUCCGCACUCAGUUGGGGCAGGAGCUGAAGGAGUUGGUGGCUGCUGGGUAUCCGGUUCCCCAUCUCACGGCCGUGAUUGUGGGCGAGGAUCCGGCCAGCGAGAAGUACGUGGCCAACAAGAUGAUCGCCUGCCGGGAGGUGGGCAUCUCCAGUGAGACGAAAAGUGCCGCCUCCACUACGCAGGAGGAGCUCCUCCAGGUGAUUGACGACCUGAACAAGGAUCGGGUGACCGGAGUGCUGGUGCCUCCGGUUCCGGAGCACAUCAACGAACGCACCAUCUGCAAUGCCGUGGAUGUGGACAAGGGUGAUGGCUUUAAUGAGCUUAAUAUGGGACGUUUGGCCCUGGACAUGGACGGCAUCGUUCCGGCCACGCCGCUGGGCGUCAAGCGGCUGCUGGAGCAUCUGAAUAUCGAACAUGGCCGCAAUGCCGUGGUGGUGGGGCGAUCCAAGAACGUCAGUCUGCCAAUGGCCAUCCUCCUGCACGCGGAUGGGAAGUAUGCCACCAAGGCACUGGAUGCCACGGUGACCAUCUGCCACAGGUACACGCCGGCCAAAGAGUUGGCCCGCCAUUGCCGGCAGGCGGACAUCAUUGUGGUGGCUGUGGGCAAGCCGGUGAUCACCAAGGACAUGGUGAAGCCCGGAGCCUGUGUCAUCGAUGUGGGCAUCAAUCGCAUCAAGGACGAAACGACUGGCAAGUUUAAGCUCGUUGGAGACGUGGACUUCGAAGUUCGCCAGGUUGCCGGCUACAACCCGGUACCCGGCGGCGUGGGUCCCAUGACGGUGGCAAUGCUGAUGGAAAACACUCUGAAGGCGGCCAAGAAACAGUUCUGCAAUCGCAACUCCUCCUGAGGUUCCCCGUUAUUGGCCCCAAGUAGUCCAUGCUUCGCUGGCCGAGAAAUAGUAUUUUUUAUUUAAUCAGCUAACUUAUAGUAAAGAGUAGAGUUAAUGACCAACAUGACGAUUGUACACUAACAUUUUGCAAUAUAAACAGAGAUAAUGGAAUCUAA